UCCUGUCGUUUUCUCCCCCAGCUCCUCUCCCACUCUGCUCCGGAGAGAUGAUCACGGAGCUGGCGUGCACGGCCGUGGCAGUGGGUCUCUAUGUGAACACGCUGGACGCGGAUUUCUGCUACGAUGACAGCCGAGCUAUCAAGACCAACCAGGACCUUCUCCCUGAGACUCCGUGGACCAACGUCCUGUAUGACGACUUCUGGGGCACCCUGCUCACACACAGCGGCAGCCACAAGUCCUUCCGCCCGCUCUGCACCCUCUCCUUCCGCCUCAACUACACCCUGCAUGGCCUGCGUCCCUGGGGCUACCACCUGCUGAACGUGGUGCUGCACGGCCUGGUCACGGCACUCUUCACGGCCCUCAGCCGCCCGCUCCUGGGCGGAGGAUUGUGGAGCCUGCUGGCGGGUCUCCUUUUCGCUUCUCAUCCGGUCCACACCGAAGCAGUGUCCGGUGUGGUGGGCAGGGCGGAUGUCGGCGCUGCUUUGUUUUUCCUGCUGUCCCUUCUCUGUUACGCGAGACACUGUGGACUUCGCAGGGACCCAGGAGGGGCCCACGAGAGCAGGAGAUGCAGUGGUGGCACGUCAGCAGCCUGGUGCUGGGUCUGGAUGCUGGGGAGCCUGUGGUGUGCAGCAGCCAGCAUGCUGUGGAAGGAGCAGGGGGUGACGGUGCUGGCCGUGUCGGCUGUUUACGACCUCUUUGUGUUCCAGAGGCUGCGACUUCGCCAGGCUCUUCUCGUCCUGUUAGGAAAGAGAAAGAACAUCAGUGUUUUGCUGAGUCUUGGUCUGCUGGCUUCCUGGGGAGUGAUCCUGCUGUCGGCCCGUCUCUACUGGAUGGGCAACAAGCCUCCCAACUUCUCCAACUCCGACAACCCCGCCGCCGACUCCCCGCAACUCUUCACCCGCACGCUGACCUUCCUGCACCUGCCCGCCGUCAACGCCUGGCUCCUGCUUUGCCCCGACAAGCUCAGCUUCGAUUGGUCCAUGGACGCCGUGCCCUUGGUCCGAUCCUUGGCCGACUGGAGGAACCUUCACACUGUUGCCUUCUACGGUGGCUUGAUCCUCCUGGCUUUGUUUGGCCUUCGUGGUCCCGCCUCCAAAGUGAAUGAGGCCAAUGGGAAAGCCCAUGUCGCGAAUGGGAAAUCGAUCACCAACGGGAACGGUUACCACGCUCCUGACUCAAACCAUAACACAGACCAGGGACCGCCAAAGACCACCCUGAACGGGUCGGCCGCACUUCACCACUGUCCCCCGCGGACGUCCCUGCCCCCGACGGAAAACCUGGUGCUGUUUUCAUUAAGCAUCCUGUCAUUGCCUUUCAUCCCCGCCACCAACCUAUUCUUCUACGUCGGUUUUGUAGUAGCAGAGAGGGUACUCUACAUUCCCAGUAUCGGCUUCUGUUUGCUGGUGGCUGCAGGUGCCAGGACAGUGUACGUGAGACUGAGGACUAGAGGCUGCAGGGCCGUACUGUUGUGUCUCUGUGCGGGACUCGUGCUGCUGAAUGGACUCAGAACUGUUCAGAGAAACAGGGACUGGAGCAACGAGGAGAAUCUCUACAAGUCUGGGAUCAGUGUGAAUCCUGCUAAAGCCUGGGGAAACUUGGGAAACGUCCUGAAGAACCAGGGCAAGAUGGUGGAGGCGGAGGAGGCGUACAGGAACGCUCUGCACUACCGAGGGAACAUGGCCGACAUGCUGUACAACCUAGGUUUGCUGCUGCAGGAGAACGAGCGCUCUGCUGAGGCGCUGCAUUAUUACAAACUGGCCAUUGGGAGUCGACCGACACUGGCAUCGGCGUAUUUGAACACGGGAAUCAUCCUGAUGAACCAGGGCAACCUGGAAGAGUCCAAACGCACCUUCCUCACUUGUGCCGAAAUCCCUGACGAGAACUUGAAGGACCCGCACGCCCACAAGAGCUCCGUCACCAGCUGCCUGUACAACCUGGGGAAGCUGCUGCACGAGCAGGGCCAGCAGGAGGAGGCUCUGUCUGUUUAUAGGGAAGCGGUGCAGAAAAUGCCCAAACAGUUUGCACCACACAGCCUUUUUAACAUGAUGGGAGAGGCCUACAUGAGGCUGAACAGGCUGGAGAAAGCAGGCCACUGGUACAGGGAGUCCCUCAGGGCCAAGCCUGACCAUAUCCCCGCCCACCUCACCUACGGCAAACUCCUGUCCAUCAUUGGGCAGAAGACAGAAGCAGAGAAGUAUUUCCUGAGAGCGAUUCAACUGGACCCGACAAAGGGAACCUGCUACAUGCACUAUGGUCAGUUUCUACUGGAGCAGUCCCGUGUUGGCGAGGCCGCCCAGAUGGCAGAGAGAGCGGCGGAGCUGGACAACUCCGAGUUUGAUGUGGUCUUCAGUGCUGCUCACAUGCUCAGACAGGCGAGUCUCAAUGAGGCCGCGGAGAAACAGUACGAGCGCGCCGCCAGCCUCAGACCAGACUACCCGGCCGCUCUGAUGAACCUCGGCGCCAUCCUCCACCUGAACGGCAAGCUUCCCGAAGCGGAGGCCAACUACCUGCGUGCGCUCCAGCUCAAACCCGAUGACAUCAUCACCCAGUCCAACCUGCGCAAGCUGUGGAACAUCAUGGACAGGCAGGGGCUGAGGACUAAGCUCGGGACGCAGAAGGGCGACCCAUGAAUUUGAGGGAGCUGCUGCACUGUUUCGUAAACGAUGACGUGGAGUGUCCUGCAAGAGGCUGAAUCAGGACGGGAUGAAGGACAGGAUUCGUGGGAUGUGACGCCUGUCGGAAUUCAAGAGGCAGGCUCGUGCGUCG